AUGACAGUGCUGGCUGGGGACAACAUGGACGAAGCGUCGGCUCUGCCCGGCCACCCUCAGGACAGCUACCCCCCGGACAACGAUGACCACGAGUGCUGCGAGCGGGUGGUCAUCAACAUCUCGGGCCUGCGCUUCGAGACCCAGCUGAAAACCCUGGCCCAGUUCCCCAACACCCUGCUGGGCAACCCCAAGAAGAGGAUGCGCUACUUCGACCCCCUGCGGAACGAGUACUUCUUCGACCGCAAUCGCCCCAGCUUCGACGCCAUCCUGUACUACUACCAGUCCGGGGGACGCCUCCGGAGGCCGGUCAAUGUACCCCUCGAGAUGUUCUCCGAGGAGAUCAAGUUCUACGAGCUGGGCGAGGAGGCGAUGGAAAAGUUCCGCGAGGACGAAGGCUUCAUCCGGGAGGAGGAGAGACCCCUGCCCGAGAAUGAGUACCAACGCCAGGUCUGGCUUCUCUUCGAGCACCCGGAGAGCUCCGGGCCGGCCCGGGGCAUCGCCAUCGUCUCGGUCAUGGUCAUCCUCAUCUCCAUCGUCAUCUUCUGCCUGGAGACCCUGCCCCAGCUCAAGGACGACAGGAAGAGGACCAUGCAAGUGGGCAACACCACCAUCCCGUACAAGUCCAACAUCCUCAACGACCCCUUCUUCAUCGUGGAGACCCUGUGCAUCAUCUGGUUCUCCUUCGAGCUCCUGGUCCGCUUCUUCGCCUGCCCCAGCAAGGCGGAGUUCUUCAAGAACAUCAUGAACUUCAUCGACAUCGUGGCCAUCAUCCCGUACUUCAUCACCCUGGGCACCGAGCUGGCCGAGGAGGAGGAGGGCAACGUGAGUGGCGAACAGGCUACCUCCCUGGCCAUCCUCAGGGUCAUCCGCCUGGUGCGGGUCUUCCGCAUCUUCAAGCUCUCCCGCCACUCCAAGGGCCUGCAGAUCCUGGGCCAGACCCUCAAGGCCAGCAUGAGGGAGCUGGGCCUGCUCAUCUUCUUCCUCUUCAUCGGGGUCAUCCUGUUCUCCAGCGCCGUCUACUUCGCCGAGGCGGACGACCAGGAUUCCCACUUCAGCAGCAUCCCGGAUUCCUUCUGGUGGGCGGUGGUGUCCAUGACCACGGUGGGCUACGGCGACAUGUACCCCAUCACCAUCGGCGGCAAGAUCGUGGGCUCGCUGUGCGCCAUCGCCGGCGUGCUGACCAUCGCCCUGCCCGUGCCCGUCAUCGUCUCCAACUUCAACUACUUCUACCACCGGGAGACGGAGGGAGAGGAGCAGGCACAGUACCUGCACGUUAGCUGCCCGAACAUCGCCUCGGACAGUGAGUUAGGAAGCCGCAGCUCGUCCACCAUCAGCAAGUCCGACUACAUGGAGAUCGACGAGGAUGUGAACAACAGCAUAGACAAUUUCAGAGAGGCAAAUCUGAGAACUGGCAACUGCACUGUAGCAAACCAAAACUGUGUGAACAAAAGCAAACUGCUGACUGAUGUUUAAACAGCUGCGGACUCAGUGACCCGGGAGCCGCGCUUUCUAGACACUGUUACUGACCCUUUGUAUUUUGCCUUGUUGACCUCGUUAAUGCGUUGUGGCAUUGCCGUUAUGCUCAGCAAAAUAAGCUUUCAGAAUUACGUGGAAGGUAUAAUUUCAUUUAUUUUUAAAUGGCUUUCUUUCUCCCAACUGGGUAACGAGGGAGAAAUCUUCUCCAGAUCCGUUCACGAGAGCGUCCCUAGGUAGAAACUUUGAAACUUGGACUUAUACCUGCUCGCCAACCUCGAAUGGAAGUUUAUUAUUUUUCUCUCUCAGUUCAUUUACAAAUACCAAUGCAUGUAUUAAGGAUUUUGCAAGCUGCACCGUGCAUCGAAAAGAAAACCAACCAAAUAACGCCAGACUCAUGAGUCUGGUCAAAGUUGCAAACGUCUGCAGUUUUCGAUCCACUGAUGAAUAUUUCAUUGCGAGAAGUGAUGUGACGCCAUACAUCAAAGGAACAAAAAAAAACAAGCGAUUGCAUUUAUCUCCACUUUAUAAUCAAAUGACGAAUGCUCAAAAUACCAGCGGUGCUGCAAUCUUGCAGGUACUGCAAUUCAUCUGCUUCCAGGACCGAACGUAAAUUCCCCCAUCCCCGAUUUCAUGCGAGAAUCAUCAAUCACAAAAGAAAAUCCCUAA